AUGGCCUCUUUACUUCGGGCAAUUCACGAUUGUCUCUUCGGGACUGACUACAACGAGGUUAAUAUUAGCUCCGAAGAGAAUGUCAUAGCUGCAGAUAUCCUUAGAACACUCUUCAGCGCAGAUCAAGGGGGUAAGCACCUCAAGAAAAGUGUGCAGGAGAUUGUGGGAGAGCGUGGAUGGACCGAAAAUAUCGCGAAGGCAAUUCUAGGAGGGAUCGAGAAUGGCUUGAAGCAGGGUGUUCAGGUAGGCAUGGCCAUGAAAGAGGCAUCUGAAAAGGCAAUCGCCGAGGCAGCUGAUUUCGCCCAUGACCAUCCAUACUUUUGUGCAUUAAUCGCAAUUGGGAUCCUGGCCAUCCUGAUGCCAUGGGUACUCGAGGUCUUGGGAUUUGCUGAGCUUGGCCCUGUUGAAGGAUCGUUUGCUGCUUGGUGGCAAUCAACCUAUCGAGGAUAUGUCACACAGAAAUCCUUAUUCUCGUUCUUUCAGCGACUAGGCAUGGUCUGGCGUCGAUCAGUUGUGAAGGCUAGUUUAUAG